AAAUAAUAAUUUUAAAAAAAUUUAUUAUCUCUUAUGAAGUAUUUUAAGCUAUAUAUAAACAAAAACAAAAACUGACAGAUCGCGGUCGUUAAAAUGGAAGAUCACAUGGGAGCCGACGAGUUUUGCAAGCGAGCAAAAUUCUAUAGUUAGAUAGAAAUCCACGAAGUGCUGGAAUAAUCUGUAGCUGAAAAUAAACACGGAACCAGUGUAGGAGCGGUUGCUCCUUUAAUCUAUAGAGCAUUAUAGAACGGCUUGCAUGCUCAGGAACUGUCGCGGCAUGUCCUCCCUCGUGCAAAUAGACGGCAGUUUGGGUGAAGGAGGUGGACAGGUGUUGAGAGUUGCCCUUUCUUUGAGCACACUUUACGGAAUCCCCAUUGAAAUUGAAAACAUACGCGCUGGAAGACCUAAGCCUGGUCUUGCGGCCCAACAUUUGAAAGGCAUGGAACUAGUCAAAGAGAUGUGUAAUGCUCAAGUCAGAGGGGGAUACGUAGGAUCAACACGAUUGGAAUUUCGUCCUGGUCCAUUAAAUAAGAACAAGAGGGAGUUUGUAGCAGACACACAGACCGCUGGAUGUAUUUGCUUAUUGGCUCAAGUAGCUCUGCCAUGUGCUCUGUUCUUUCCCUGUAAUGACACAAUCACACUUAUUCUUAAGGGUGGUACAAACGUUCCUAUGGGCCCUCACAUAGAAUAUCUGACAGAAGUGUUCAAGCCAGUGUUAAAUAAAUUCGGAGCAGACUUUGAUUUUAUAAUUAGUCGGAGGGGGUAUUAUCCAAAGGGAGGAGGUGAGGUGCACUUACGCAUAAAACCGAUCAGUAGCUUAAAUGCAGUUACUUUAACUGAUCUCGGAGUUCCGCGAGGAAUAACAGGAUGGUCUUACGUGGCCGGAGCAGUUAAUAUAAAUGAAGCACAUAAAAUGGCCAACGACGCAAAAACUAUUUUAACAAAUAAAUUAGCAAGACACAACAUUCGAGUACCACCAGUUACAAUCGAAGCUUACAGGGAGGAUAGAGCGAUGGCUGUUGGAAACGGGUCUGGUAUUAAUAUAGUGUGCAACACUAGUACCGGAUGCGUUCUCGGCGGCUCUGGUUUAGGCUCUGGGCGCCGUGAGGAAACACCGCCAGGUGACAUAGCAGCUAAUGAAAUCUUGAAACCGCUGCUAACAGGAGCUUGUGUCGACGAACAUAUACAGGAUCAGAUGAUAAUUUUAAUGGCAUUGGCGAAGGGCACUUCGAGAAUUAAAGUCGGAGACAAGAAGCUCACUUGCCAUACGGAGACUGCCAUGCAGGUUGCGGAAAUGAUGUUAGGUAAACGCGGACUUUCUUUCAAUCUGUCGGAAAGCGCCGAAGGCGGGGAUACUUCGUCUUACGUUCUAGAGUGUCAAGGAUGUGGACUGAUUAACGACAGUCUUAAACAAUGAUUAUACGAAGCUUUAUCUUAAUUUAUCGUUGUGAUUAACAAUUUCGACUUAAGUAUAUUGAUUAACAAAUAAUUGAUUUUUCCAUUUAUCAUCACAUAUAAAUUGCAACAUUAACAUCAACAUUCUCACAUAUGUACAUGAAUUCUUAAUAUUCUUAGAUAUUUCUAGAAUUCAUACAAAUAUUGAAAACAUUAAAAUAAAUAUAUUUCAUUCGUAA